CAGCUCAGGGCUCAGCCGCUCCCCGCUCAGGGCCUCAGGUUCAUCUCCUCCCUCUGUUUCUGAAACCUUUCCCUUCUCUCGGACUCUCUCCUCCCUUGCUCUUCCUUCCCUGGCGGCGACGGCUGGGCGAGCGGCGGCGCCAUUUGUCCUGUCUUCGCCCAGCCCUUUGCCGGCGACGAGCGCAUCCUCCAGUUACAAUAUACCUACUAACUUCGAUUUCGUUUGAAAGAAUUAUCGGGUGUACGUGUGUACACCCAUGUCCUAUGCUGGGUCCGCCCCUGCGUCCACCCCUGGGUUGAUUAAGACCUCGAAGUUUAAGAAGCGGAAGGUCAAGGCCAACCGCGAGAAGGCAGCGGCCGCCGCUGCAACUGUUGACCAAGUCGCCUCGGUGGGCGCAGGCACUGCUGGUGGCGAUGCAUCUGCAUCGGCGGUCUUACCGCAGCCAUCCCAUGUUGCUGAGGCAUCACCUGUGGCGCAAAUGCCAGAGUCAGCCACUAUUGCUGAGGCAUCAACUGUGACACAGACGCCUAAGCCAGCCACUGAUGCUGAAGGAUCUGGACCUGCACCAAAGCCAGCCACUGCUGAAGCAUCAGCUUCAGCGGCAAGGCCAAAGCCAAAACCAGCUGAUGCUGAUGCUGCGACUGCACCUGCCGCAAGCCAGGGCAAGGGCGUGGGUGCUGAUAAUGGAGGUGGUGAUGGCAGGAUGAAAAGCAGAAAAGAGAGGGCUAGGAAUGGCAAGGGGAAGGAGGUUGAGGAGGAUGCAGGAAGGAACAGAAAAGGGAAGAAAGCUGUGGGCAAGAAGGAAGAAAGGGGUGACAAUAAGGGUGCAGGGUUUAUAUUCAUGUGCAAUGCAAAGACUAAGCAGGAGUGCUACCAGAACCGCUUGUUCGGGCUACCCAGUGGGAAGAUUGGAAUGGUCAAGAAGAUCAGACCAGGAGCAAAGCUGUUCCUGUAUGAUUUUGAUUUGAAGCUUCUGUAUGGUGUGUACAAGGCAGCAUCAAAUGGUGGGCUGAACCUUGUCCAAGAAGCAUUUAAUGGGAAGUUCCCUGCACAGGUUAAGUUUAAGAUUGAAAAAGAUUGCCUGCCUCUCCCUGAGAGUAGUAUCAAGCAAGCUAUUAAGGAAAAUUACAGUGCAAGGAGCAAGUUUGACCCAGAGCUCACUUCGAGACAAGUCCAUAGGCUACUUGUGCUGUUUAAGCCUGUCAAUGUACCUCAGUCUGCUCCAAAAAAUCACCGUGAAGAAAGGCGCCACUAUGAAGAACGGAGGCAGCCAUAUCAUUAUGAAGAAAGGCGGCCUUCAUUGCCUAUCGAAGCAGUGCGUCAACCACGGUUUGAUGAGGAAAGGCGUCCUGCGGUUAUACAUGUUCCUCUUGAGGAUCCAUACAGGGCACCACGCUUCGCUCCACUUCCUGUUGAGCCUCAGCUUGGCCAUUCUUUGGCUAGUGGUCAGGGUGAUCACCACAGAUAUUAUCAAUCAGAACUUGCACCUGAGCCUCGACACAUUCCUCUUGCUCUAGAGCCUCGCCAUGUUCCGCUAUCCUUAGAGCAUCACCAUGUGCCUUCUAUGCCAGAGCUUCGACAUGUCCCAGCUGCAUAUUAUCACAAUUUGGCUCCAUCCAGUGAUUCAUACUAUCGGUCUCUACAUAAUCUGGUGCCUGAGCGAUAUGCUGACAGGACUGUGGCUGACAUAACCACCAGGGAUCCAAUCAUUCCUAGGGAUCACACAAGACUGCCAGGUGAGAUAUCUGCUCGGGCAGACCGCUUGGAGGAUCUCUACCGGACAGGGGGGAUUGCUGCCCGUGGUGCACAUGUGGAGGAGCUGUAUCCUCCAGGGGAGAUUGCUGCUCGUGCUGACCGGGUGGGGAUCAGCACUCGAGCUGAUCGUUUGGAGGACCUCUACCGUUCUGACAGACUUGUUACCCGUGCUGUGGACCCCCUGCCUCGUUCAACCUAUCAUACAGCUGCUUACGGGACUCACCCUGCUUAUGCUGAAACAAGCACAAGGCCUGUCUCUGCAAGGGUCAAUGGACCCGGUGUCCCGGUUUCAUCACUCUAUUCCUUCUCUGGUGCUCCAGAGUACCGGUGAUGAGUGAUCAGAACUCAUCGCUUUUGUUGAUGUUCUCACCUUUUCUGUAAGAAGUUAGGAUGUCUGUCGCUAUAACUGCAACUGUUGUUUACAUUAGGUUCAGUUCUAUAUUUCCUUAAACAUCCAUCUCUGGAUGAACGGCAUUCGGUAUCCAGUUUAUGUUGCAUAUCCUUUUUUUUU